AUGUUUUCUUUUGACCUUCUACUCAUUUAUCUCAUUAUUCAUUUUCAUUCUAUUUUAUUCAUUUGCUUUCUUUCUCUUCAUUUUUCUCUGCUUUCCUUUAUUGUUGUCCUCCUUUUGUAUUUAUUUAUCUUAUUUUUAUUCACUUUCUUCUUCUUUCUUUUUAUUCAAUUUUUUUCCUUUAUUUUUAUUCAUUUUCUUUUAUUUUAUUCUGUUUCUUCCUUUUCCCUUUAUUUUUUCUUUGUACUCAUUCAUUUUCUUCUUUUCUGUUCAAUAUUUUCUUUCUUUCUAUUCAUUUGUUUUCUUUCUUCCUUUCUAUUAAUUGAUUUUUUUUCUAUUUAUUUUCCUUCUUUCUUUCUAUUCAUUUUUCCCCUCUUUUUCUCUCCACUAAGUUAUCCCUUUUUCUCUCUCAUACAAAUAUUCUUUAUUUUAAUUCUACCCCUCCCUCUUUUCUUUUAUCUUUCUUACUACCAUUCUCUCUGUUUCCUUAUCUCUCCUAAUUACUUCUCUCUCUCUAUCUAUCUUACCCUUUUUCUCUAUUCUUUCUCUCUCUAUUUCUUCUUUUGUACAUCACUUUCUCUUAUUAUGUCUUCUUUUUUUUUACCUCUCUGCUUUUUUUCUCACCUGUCUUUGACUCAACCCUAA